AUGAGCCCCGUCAGCGACGUCGCCGACGGCGAUACGGGCGACCUCUUCGCCGACCCGGAGGACUACUACCCGCCCACCCCGCCGCCCACCUUCCAAACCCACACGCUGUCUUCGGGCCGCGUUCUCACCCUCCACCUCGUCGGCUACUCGCCUACCGAGGCGCACCACCUCUGGAACGGCAGCCGCGUCGUCUCGGACUACUUUGAGGCGGACCCCAGCCGCGUCAAGGACCGGACGGUGCUCGAGCUCGGCGCCGGCGCCGGCCUGCCGUCGCUGACGGCGGGGAUCCUAGGGGCGAAGAAGGUCGUGGUGUCUGACUUCCCCGACGUGGACAUUGUGCAGACGAUGCAGAAGAACGUGGACGAGGCGGGCGACCUGGAGGGGGGGUACGUCUGGGGCGCGGACGUGGCGCCGCUGCUGGAGGUGCUCCCCGAGCUGCCGGCGGGGUCGGCGAGGAGGUUCGACGUGCUGGUGCUGGCAGACCUGCUCUUCAGGCACUCGGAACACGGCAAGCUCGUCGACACGAUCUGGAACACGCUGGCGCGGAGGCGGGACGCCGUGGCGUACGUCUUCUUCACGUCGUACCGGCCGUGGCUGCGGCACAAGGACCUCGCCUUCUUCGACGUGGCGAGGGAGAGGGGGUUGCUGGUGGAGCAGGUGCUGGAGAGGAAGAUGGAGAAGCCGCUGUUCGAGGGGGACCCGGGCGACGUCGAGGUGCAGAAGACCGUGAGCGGUUUCGAGGUGCGGUGGCCGAGAAGCUGUUGGAGGGUUGACGGGUGA